UGAAGUGAGGAAAUAUCACCUAGUUGCGAAAACGGCAUAGAUAUCUCGGUUUUGUAUGGUGAAGCGAGGUUGCCCCGAAUAUGCUGAGUAUACCUAUCAUGAAAAUAAAGAGAAGAGGUGGUCGUCCUGUGUCAGCCGAGGAUAGGUACGACCAAUCUAUACCGACCGCCUAGGUAAUGCGGGCGCCCGUCCUCCAGUCAAGACUUUUCUACUCAUUCAAAAGGGAGAUGUGUGCAUAGUGUUAACAAAUAUCUCGUAGCGUUAAUACGAGAGCGGCAAGGAGCUGUGCGCCGUUGUUGUUGUUGUCGUUGAGCUUGGGAAGAUCGGUCGAGUGUCCCCCUUUCUUCUGUAGACACCGACUGUGGUUAUAGGGGCUGCCCCUGAGCCGUCCAGCUGGUCUGUGCGCGAUUGCGCUAUACCAACGUCCCCCACCUGCCGUUUUCCCCGCCUAUUCCCUCGGCACCUGCCCCAACUGGGAGAUUCCAGCAAAUGACGUCGUAGAUCGAGGACCGCGACAAAACAACAGAAGACAGCCAGCCAAGCCAGGGGGGACUUGAGCAACCCGCAGGCCCUCGCCUGAUGCCCCCUAUCUUGAGUUCUCAUUAGCAUUGCGCCAAUUCACCCACCUGUGUAGGCCCGGUACCCUAGGUGCUUGCGUACCUAACCGCGUCAAUGGCGACGAAAUCGGGCUCCCUGGCGACGAAAUCGAGCUCCAUCCUCCGGCGCUCGAUGCUCUACGUCCCGGGCUCGUCGAAGCGCAAGAUUCUCGCGUCGCUGAACGUCGUCGCCGACAAUGUGACCUACGACCUCGAGGACUCGGUGACCGCGGCCGAGAAGGUCCCCGCCCGCGACAGGGUGCGCGACCACCUGCGGAGCAUCGGCGUGCCGGGCUACAUACACCGAUACGUGCCCCGCCAGAUCGGCGAGAUCGCCGUGCGCAUCAACUCGGUGUCGUCGCCGCACGCGCUCAACGACCUCAUCAACAUCGCCCCGCAGCUCGCCCUCGACGCCGUCGUCGUCCCCAAGGUCGAGCACCCCGCCGACCUGACCUUCGUCUCCAACGUCCUCCGCCAGCUGGUCCCCCACCGCCAGAGGCUCCUCUGGGACGGCGACGGCGGCGACGGCGCCCCCCAGCGCGACCCCAUCCGGCUCCUCGCCAUCAUCGAGUCCGCCCGCGGCAUCACCAACCUGCCCGCCAUCUGCAACGCCACCCCCUACCUCAGCGGCCUCAUCUACGCCGCCGAGGACUUCGCCCUCGACCUCUCCCUGACGCGCACCCCGCACCUCCUCGAGCAGCUGUACGCGCGCUGCGCCAUCGUCACCAACGCCCGCGCCGCCGGCUUGCCGAGCGCCAUCGACCUCGUCUGCACCUCCUACGUCGAAGACCCCGAGGCCGAGGCGCGGGGCGAGCGCACCGCCCUCGCCCGCCUCGAGGAGGAGUGCCUCAACGGCCGCUCCCUCGGCUUCAACGGCAAGCAGUGCAUCCACCCGCUGCAGCUCGAGACCGUCCAGCGCUUCUUCUCCCCGCUGGACUCCGAGGUCGAGUGGGCCGCCCGCGUCGUCAUCGCCAACGAAAAGGCCGCCGCCGCCGGCCACGGCGCCUGGACCCUCGACGGCAAGAUGGUCGACGCCCCCGUCGUCGGCAAGGCGCGGGCCAUCCUCGACAAGGCCCGGAAGUGCGACAUAUACGUGCAGAGCGUGCUGGAUAAGUGGCAGCACCAGGAGCCCGAAUUGGGCGGCGGUGGUAGUGACGAUGCCCAGGAAAAGGAACAAUAAAAAAUCACACCAACGAGAUAUAGGCCCCAACGAUGAGAUAUAUAAAGAUGGACGGACGAGAAUCUAGUACCGCAUCCCAGGCCGCUUACUGUCACCGGUGGCUAUCUACCAGGAUACUCCUGGGUAUCGCCAGGACUAACGGGAACGGGUUCUGUAUCGUAAGAGGCCGGGUGGACAGCGAGUCAUGUUUGAGACCUGCUAGCUAUGCCAUACUAAUGGGCAUGUCUGUUGACGCGUCGACGCG